AUGAGUCAAUGUAGAACCCGAGACAAAGAAUUGCCAAAAUAUCUGAGAAAACAUCGAGUCGAUGCGGUAGAGAACAACGGUAAACAAGAGAGGGACGCUGAACCAAGUAGUGAGUCUAGUGACGAACAUGAAUUCUAUGUUUAUUCGACGGAAACGACCGCUGACAAGUCAGAUCCAUGGAUACUUCCAUUGGAAGUAAACAACAGUAUAGUUACUGUUAAAGUAGACACUGGCUCGGAUGUCAAUGUAAUGAGUUAUAACGAGUUUAAGACACUUCAGAACAGACCAAAGUUGAAACAAUCAAAGACUAAACUGAAAGCAUACAACAGGGGAGAUGUUCAAGUGCAAG